CCAUCGCCGUCCCUCGUCAAACGAUCGAACAUGAUUCAUCUCCCAGCGAACGCAGCCUUGUCCCGGGCCCGCAUUCCCCCGCUUUGUACGUGAGCCACCGGCAUGCCAGCGCCCCGGCCGCCCUCUUCCAGGCCAAUACAGACCCCCGGCUCAAGAUCAGGAUGUACUUCAACCGGCGAUCGAAGAAGAUCCACAGCGAGGGAGAGCAGUUAGUGUUGACUCUCAUUAGGCAGGAGAAGUCUCCUGACCACCUGGACCCAGAGCUGGGCGUCGGCGUGGCCGCCAUGCGCUCCCGACUCGCUAACAGGUUUGAAAAAACCUCGCCUCUCUCCCAUCAAUCGAACGGUGCAGGAACCUCUUGUUCAUCCGCCGGCUACCGCAAGGCAGAUGAUGAGAUGUCCGGGACUACUUCGCAGGCAGAUCCCAUAGAUGCUACGGCACGGACGAUUCUGCUAAACCAACCUCAGAACACCAAGUUCUGUGACAACCAUGUCAGUACCACUAAGUACGGGGUGUUUACCUUCCUGCCUCGUUUCCUGUACGAGCAGAUCCGCCGCGCUGCCAACGCCUUCUUCCUCUUCAUCGCCCUAAUGCAGCAAAUCCCUGAUGUGUCUCCUACGGGUCGUUACACCACCCUGGUACCACUCAUCUUCAUCCUCACUGUGGCCGGGAUCAAAGAGAUCAUAGAGGACUAUCAAAGACACAAGGCAGACAACACAGUCAACAAUAAAAAGACCACAGUUCUGAGGAAUGGAGCCUGGCAGACCGUCAUAUGGAAACAGGUGGCAGUAGGAGACAUAGUGAAGGUGACCAAUGGGCAGCAUCUUCCAGCUGACAUGGUCAUAGUGUCCUCCAGUGAGCCUCAGGCCAUGUGUUACACUGAGACCUCCAACCUGGAUGGAGAAACCAACCUGAAGAUCAGACAGGGUCUCACUCACACAGCUGGACUCCAGUCUCUGGAGGAGCUGAUGGGUCUCUCUGGCCGUCUGGAGUGUGAAGAGCCCAACAGACACCUGUACGACUUCACUGGGACUCUACGCCUGGACAACCAAAAUGCGGUUCCUCUUGGUCCUGACCAGGUGCUACUGAGAGGUGCCCAGCUCAGAAACACACAAUGGGUUGUAGGAAUUAUAGUCUACACUGGACAUGACUCCAAACUGAUGCAGAACUCGACCAAGGCCCCCCUGAAGCGUUCUAACGUGGAGCGGGUGACCAACGUCCAGAUCCUGGUGCUGUUCUGCAUCCUCCUGGUGAUGGCGCUAGUGAGCUCUAUAGGAGCCUCCAUCUGGAACAAACAACACACUGAGGAGGCCUGCUGGUACCUGUCACGCGCCGGGGAUAUCUCCACUAACUUUUGGUAUAACCUGCUGACCUUCAUCAUCCUCUACAACAACCUCAUCCCCAUCAGCCUGCUGGUCACUCUGGAGGUGGUCAAGUUCACACAGGCCCUCUUCAUCAACUGGGAUGAGGAGAUGUACUACUCUGAGACAGACACACCCGCCAUGGCUCGAACGUCCAAUCUCAACGAAGAACUGGGCCAGGUGAAGUAUCUGUUUUCUGAUAAGACAGGAACUCUCACCUGUAACGUCAUGCACUUCAAGAAGUGUACCAUCGCUGGAAUCACAUACGGCCACUUCCCUGACCUGGAUGUUGAUCGUUCCAUGGAGGACUUCAGUCCCCUGCCGUCCAGCAGUCUUACCUCCACAGAGUUUGAUGACCCCGCUCUCAUCCAGAACAUUGAGAAGAACCAUCCAACCUCUGCCCAAAUCUGUGAGUUUCUGACGAUGAUGGCGGUGUGUCACACAGUGGUCCCAGAGCGAGAGGAGGACCAGCUUAUCUACCAGGCCUCCUCGCCAGAUGAAGGAGCUCUGGUAAAAGGAGCCAAAGGUCUGGGCUUCGUUUUCACAGCCAGGACUCCUGGCUCCGUUAUCAUGGAAGCUAGGGGGAAGGAGAAGAGCUUUGAGUUGCUGAAUGUGCUGGAGUUUUCAAGUAACCGUAAGCGCAUGUCUGUAGUGGUCCGAACCCCCGAUGGGAAACUGCGUCUGUACUGCAAGGGAGCAGAUAAUGUGAUCUUUGAGCGUCUCACUGAUGCGUCUCAGUACAAAGAGCUGACCAUCGCACACCUGGAACAGUUCGCCACCGAGGGUCUGCGGACUCUGUGUUUUGCCUAUGUUGAUCUGGAGGAGGGGGUAUACCAGGAGUGGCUGAAGGAGUACACCCGUAUAAGCACUAUCAUUAAAGACCGGGCCCAGAAACUAGAGGACUGCUACGAACUACUGGAGAAGGACCUGUUGUUGUUGGGGGCCACAGCUAUAGAGGACCGUCUCCAGGCAGGGGUCCCUGAGACCAUCGCUACUCUGAUGAAGGCCGACAUCAAGAUUUGGGUCCUCACUGGAGACAAACAGGAGACCGCCAUCAACAUAGGUUACUCCUGUCGUCUGGUUUCCCAUGGCAUGUCCCUCAUCAUCGUCAACGAGGAUUCACUGGAUGCUACACGUGCCACCCUGACAGCCCACUGUACAUCUCUGGGUGACUCUCUGGGGAAGGAGAAUGAGUUGGCUCUGAUCAUUGAUGGCCAGACCCUAAAAUACGCCCUGUCCUUCGAGCUCCGCCAAGCCUUCCUAGACCUCGCCCUGUCCUGCAAGGCCGUCAUCUGCUGCCGGGUGUCUCCCCUCCAGAAGUCCGAGAUCGUGGACAUGGUGAAGAAGCAUGUAAAGGCCAUCACUCUGGCCAUAGGAGACGGGGCCAACGACGUGGGCAUGAUCCAGACUGCUCAUGUGGGGGUUGGCAUCAGUGGCAACGAGGGCAUGCAGGCCACCAACUCCUCUGACUACUCCAUAGCACAGUUUUCCUACCUAGAGAAGCUGUUGCUGGUCCAUGGGGCGUGGAGUUAUAACCGUGUCACUAAGUGUAUCCUCUACUGUUUCUAUAAGAAUGUGGUGCUCUACAUUAUAGAGCUGUGGUUUGCCUUUGUGAACGGCUUCUCUGGACAGAUCCUGUUUGAACGCUGGUGUAUCGGCCUCUACAACGUGAUCUUCACAGCGCUGCCUCCCUUCACUCUGGGGAUCUUUGACCGGCCAUGCAGUCAGCAGAACAUGCUACGCUUCCCCCAGCUAUACAGGAUCACCCAGAAUGCUGAGGGCUUCAACACCAAGGUGUUUUGGGGUCACUGUAUAAAUGCUCUGAUCCAUUCCAUUAUUCUCUUCUGGUUUCCACUCAAAGUACUAGAACAUGACAGCCCUUUCAACAACGGUCAUGGAACAGACUACCUGUUUGUGGGGAACAUGGUUUACACGUAUGUGGUAGUAACAGUGUGUUUAAAAGCUGGUAUGGAAACCACUGCGUGGACCAGGUUCUCCCACUUGGCAGUGUGGGGCAGUAUGAUUCUCUGGAUGCUGUUCUUCACUGUCUACUCAGCUUUCUGGCCGUCCAUCCCCAUCGCUCCUGACAUGCAGGGCCAGGCUAGCAGAGUGAUGCAGUGCUGGCACUUCUGGCUGGGGCUGGUCCUGGUGCCAGCAGCCUGUCUACUCAAAGACUUUGCCUGGAACGCGGGUCGUCGCACUGUGAAGAAGUCUCUUCUGGAAGAGGUUCAGGAGCUGGAGGCCAGGGCUGUUGACCCGGGGGCUGCCGUGCUCCGAGACGCCAGCGGGCGCAGUCUGAACGAGCGUGCCCACCUGUUGACCCGGGUCUUUAGGAAAACACCCUCCAACGUGGGCCGCAAAAACUCUGUGCAGCAGAGCAACGUGUCUCAUGGCUAUGCCUUCUCCCAGGAGGAACAUGGGGUGGUGUCUCAGUCACAGGUGUGUCGAUCCUACGAUACCACCCGCCAACGGCCCAGCAUCUAGGCCCUCCCACUGCCCCGCCGCCCCGCCCUCAGCCCACCUGGCUACGGGGUGCUUGGCAACAGUUACCAAGGUGGCCACAACGGUUGCCAAGGCGACAGCGGAGACAGACUAUGAUGAGUGAUCGACCCUGCUGUGGCCUUACUGGAACUUAUACUGACUUUGACCUCUGACCUUGACCCCUGGAGAUCAUUGCUAAGCAUGGAGUCCCGUCUAUACUGUCCAACCUGGUCUCCGCUCUACACACACACACACACACACACACACACACACACACACACACACACACACACAGACAUAUAUCCCCACUGGAUAUAUAUGUAUAUCCAGUGGGGAGAACAAGUAUUUGAUACACUGCCGAUUUUGCAGGUUUUCCUACUUACAAAGCAUGUAGAGGUCUGUCAUUUUUAUCAUAGGUACACAUCAACUGUGAGAGACGGAAUCUAAAACAAAAAUCCAGAAAAUCACAUUGUAUGAUUUUUAAGUAAUUAAUUUGCAUUUAUUGCAUGACAUAAGUAUUUGAUCACCUACCAACCAGUAAGAAUUCUGGCUCUCACAGACCUGUUAGUUUUUCGUUAAGAAGCCCUCCUGUUCUCCACUCAUUACCUGUAUUAACUGCACCUGUUUGAACUCGUUACCUGUAUAAAAGACACCUGUCCACACACUCAAUCAAACAGACUCCAACCUCUCCACAAUGGCCAAGACCAGAAGGCUGUGUAAGGACAUCAGGGAUAAAAUUGCAAAAAAAAUGAAAACCUGCAAAAUCGGCAGUGUAUCAUACUUGUUCUCCCCACUGUGUGUGUGUGUAUAUAUAUAUAUAUAUAUAUAUAUAUCACACACACGCAGACACACAGGUAUGAGUAAUCACAACCACACAAACAGACAUAAUAAAUCAACCACAGAGACUAAUGUGUAUCUAAUCAUAGCAUGGACUGGGUUUAGUUUAUGCACCUGUGCGUCUUUGUCCGUGUGCAUGGCUGUGCUUCUGUAUGUAUCUGCCCUCCUGUGUGUGUGUAUGUGUGUGCGCGUGCGUGCGUGCGUGUGAUGCUCGCACGUGUGUGUGUGUCCGUGUCCACACUCCCUCACAUCUCCCUCUCCUGAGCAGGGGUUUAACUCAUCCGUCAUCACCGUGGCGAUGGGAGAAAGGGAGGAAGAGGAGGGGGGGCACUUUAACAUAAACACCAAACACACACGGGCCUAGGAGGGAUUCCUCUCACAGAGCUGAAGAGGGGGAUUGGAGAGAAGGAGGGGGCACCCUGUAGACCACCUCCAUCAGCUUCUUUAACUCUUAUUCUCCCUUUCACUACUUUUCUAUCUCUCUCUGCUUUUCUCUCUCUCUCUCUCAUUCUUGCUCUCUCUGGAUCAGUGACCUCCUCGUCUCUCUCCCCCUCAUCUGCAGCACGUCUUCUCUUCCUGCUCGGUUGAAUCUAUUUUCCCUUGUAUUCCACCGCUGCUGUGAUUCCUGCGGUCCUGCCUGUCGUCCCAGGAGGCAGAGUUAUCAGCAGCCUGGCUUGUAGUGCUUCCUCUGUUUGUUGGGUUCUCAAUUAAUCUAUGGACUUAUUCUUUGUUGAAUAAAAUGGACUUGUGUCUCUGUCUUUUAA